AUGCUCCAGGGGAAUGCUAUUGAAAAUCAUUUUAUCAGUUUUAGUAUUCUGCAUCAGAUUCCAAAGGGGUUUGCAGGCAGGUUCUUUAGGGGGAAAACAUUUACAAAGCAUCCUCCACAUGCUAGUUGGAACCUAUUUGAUGACGACACGUUUAGACUGCGUCUUCCAGAUGAUUGGUGCAAUGACUUUUGUGGGUUUUUAAUACGUGUUGUUACCAUUGUCAGACAUCUGGAUAUAAAUGUAAUCAUCAAGCAGGAUACAGAUGAAGAAGAUUCUCGGUUUGAGAUUUGGCAAGAGUAUAAUGAAACGUCAGAGCCUGUAUAUGAUGGAGAAGUGAGGACACACGUGAGAUAUGUUUCCUUUUGUUCUUUGAGGCGGACUACAUCACUGAAUUCAUCAUACAAUAUUAUUUCAUUUUCCAUAAAGAGCAAUUGGACUAUGUUUGCAGCUGAGCUUGUUCCUAGAAAAAGUAAGGAUGAUCCCAUGCAAACAACAAAAGUUUCAACAGAUUCCUCAGAAUUUUGGGAUGAGGAAAAUGAUGAAUAUAAGGCAUUUAUGAUCCAAGAUGAUUCAAAGUCUUGUAUCAAUAUUAUAUGGCAAUAUAACAUCUAACAAAACCCAUACACAAAUAGAUAUCUCGACUCUUUGCCAGUUUGUAUAGUCCGCACUCUGAACUUAUGUUUGUGAUUACACUGCAAUAUACAUUGAGACAUAAA